AUGAAUGUUAUAUCAGCAAUUAAGGCUUACAUUGUAAAAAUGACAUCGGAAAGUGAACCGGGAAUGAAAAUAUUGCUAAUGGAUAAAGAAACUACAAGCGUUAUAAGUAUGGUAUACGGACAAUCUGAAAUCCAACAAAAAGAAGUAUUUCUGCUAGAACGAAUAGAUUCACCUAAUUUUGCAAAUUCCACGGGUCUACGAUACCUCAAAUGUUUAGUAUUCGUAAGGCCUACCCAACAAAACAUCACAGCACUGUGCAAUGAACUCCGCAACCCUAAAUAUGGAGCUUACUAUAUUUAUUUUAGUAAUAUAAUAGCGAAAGCCGAUAUAAAAAUUCUUGCUGAACAUGAUGAGCAUGAGGUUGUGAAGGAAGUACAGGAAUUGUAUAUGGAUUAUUUGGCUGUAAAUCCACAUUUGUUUUCGAUUGGAUUGAGUACUUGUUUCUUGAAUUUAAAUUGGAAUCCGUCGGCAUUGCAAAGAACUGUACAAGGUAUCAUAUCUGUCUUAUUAUCGCUUAAAAAAUGUCCAGUUAUCCGCUACCAAGCCAAUUCUAAUGUCUGUAAAGAUUUAGGAACUAGAAUAGAUGAAAUAAUCAGCAAAGAAUCUUCAUUAUUCGCAUUUAGCCAAAGUAAUAAUUCACUAUUAUUAAUUUUGGAUCGCAGAGAUGAUCCUAUAACGCCUUUAUUGAACCAGUGGACCUACCAAGCGAUGGUACAUGAACUUCUUACUAUAAACAAUAACAGAGUUAAUCUAUCUGAUAUAAAUGGCAUACCAAAAGAGUUAUCUGAAGUUGUACUAUCUGUAGAACAAGACACGUUUUAUGCUAAGAAUAUAUUUAUGAAUUAUGGUGAAAUCGGUACCAACAUCAAAGAAUUAAUGGAUCAAUUCCAAGCCAAAGCCAAAAGCCAUCAAAAAAUCGAAUCAAUAGCUGAUAUGAAAAGUUUUGUGGAGUCUUAUCCCCAAUUUAAGAAACUAUCAGGGAACGUGACAAAGCACGUUACAGUUGUAGGCGAAUUAAACACCAUGGUUAACAAAUUCAAUUUACUAGACAUGUCUGAAGUUGAACAAGAGCUUGCUUCGCAAAAUAACGACCAUUACAGUCAUUUACAGAGCGUUAAAAAGCUAUUGAACAAUGAGAAAAUCCGUGAUAUCGAUGCCACGAAACUAGUCAUGCUGUAUGCCUUGCGAUACCAAAAUCACAACAAUAAUGAUUUGACAGGUUUAAUUGACCUGCUGAAGCGACGAGGCAUAACAGCAAGGUUCUUAAAGAACAUCGUUAAUAUAAUAGAAUACGCCGGUUCUCACGCUAGACAAAGCGACCUAUUUAACGUAGAAAAUGCUGUCAAAAUAACCAAACGAUUCAUCAAAGGAUUGAGUGGCGUUGAUAACGUUUACACCCAACACAAGCCUUUGCUACACGAAACUUUGGAAGAUCUAGUAAAAGGCAGGCUGAGAGAUCACCUGUACCCUUAUCUAGGGGGCCACGGAAGCGGACGGCAACAAGACAUAAUCGUUUUUAUCGUAGGCGGGGCAACUUAUGAGGAAUCCUUAACUGUGCAUUCCAUAAAUAGGAAUAAUCCGAACUUUAACAUUCUAUUAGGUGGCACUACCGUUCACAAUUCCGCUAGUUUCUUGCAAGAAGUUGAUCAGGCUACUAAGAAUGUCCCAAGGAAGCAUACCAGGACGAUCAGGAAUAUUCAGUUUGAUUAA